AAAAAAGGUUCUACUGUCAAAAGUAAAGGCGUACAACAGUGUGUUCAACUUUGCUGCUAAGACUCGUGGUCAACUUUACCGAGACUGGUGUUCAUCGUUACCAAGACGUGGCUUUUCUUCAAUGAUGUUCUGGUAGCCUUGCAUUUGCGGGUGAUUCAUUUACCAGCUUCUUCGACGAGCCAAGUGUGCACAUAUCUUCGAUCAUGUCUUCCAUAUUGUUGCAAAAGCUUACGAAGUAUUUAUUGCGGAUAAUUAAACCCUGUCUUGAUCCAUCUGGCAGUGUGCUCACAGAUAAUGACCAACUGCCUAGACCGGAAGAAAACGUGGGAGAUAGUGAGGGGAUUUGGAUUAAUGGGAAUGGGCGGUUCUUUAUUUCAAAUCGAGAAAUUGCCAAGGGAAGCCAUGGAACCGUCGUUUUUGAGGGUUUGUAUGAGGGUCGUAGGGUCGCUGUAAAGCGAGUUUUACAGGAAUAUUAUGUUACUGCUGAACAAGAGAUAGAUCUGCUUUAUAAUUCGGAUAGAAAUCCUUACAUUGUCCAACUAUACUCUGUGGUGCGCGAUCAGAAUUUUAUCUAUCUUUUACUCGAGCUUUGCUUUUGCAACCUUGCUGAAUUGAUCCAAAAACACUCCCAGUGGACUGAGUAUACUGUUCAUAGCAGGUGCAACGAACAAAAAUUCCAAUUUUGGAGAAAAGGAAGUCCCUCAAUUAUGUUGGUAAAUCUAAUGAGGGAAAUAGUAUCUGGGGUUGCACAUUUGCAUCGACUCGGUAUUGUACAUCGUGAUCUGAAACCUCAAAAUGUUUUGAUCUGCAGUGAAGAUGAUUCCUUACAUGCAAAAGUCUCUGACAUGGGGUUAAGUAGAUGUCUUCCUAUAGAAGGGUCAUCUUUUGGUUUGCAAGCUACAGGUUGUGGCAGUUCUGGUUGGCAAGCUCCAGAGCAGCUUCUCUAUGGACGACAAACCAAGGCUAUAGACAUUUUUAGUUUAGGCUGCAUCCUCUACUUUUGCAUGACCAAAGGUCGACAUCCAUUUGGUGAACCAUUAGAGAGGGAUCUCAAUAUCAGCAAUGGGAAGAUUGAUCUACGUUUGGUUGAUUGUAUACCGGAGGCUGAUGACCUUUUGUCUCGCAUGUUAGCCCAUGAUCUAACAAUGAGACCAACGGCACAGGAGGUAUUGCUUCACCCCCUCUUUUGGACGGAUGAAUGGCGUCUUCAGUUCCUUAAAGAAACCAGUGAUAGGAUAGAGUCGGCACACGAGAAGUCCAAUCUUGUAGUUGCAAUAGAGGAAAUUCAUCUUACAGCUCGCCAUAAAAGAUGGGAUAAAAAACUGGGUGCCGCAUUCAUUUCAAAUGUAAAAAGUGGUCCUAGAAGGUACAACUUUCACAGCAUUUGCGAUCUUAUUAGAGUCAUUCGAAACUAUUCAAUCCACUACAAUCAGCUUCCGAUAAACAUUCAGAAACUUCUUGGGCCAUUGCCUAGUGGAUUUUAUGGCUAUUUUGCAAGCCGAUUUCCAAAUUUACUUAUGGAGAUACACAAAAUUGUAUAUCAAUAUCACAGGGAAGAAGAAUGGUAUGAGAAUUUUGUUGAAAGAAUGAGGAGAGCAAACGGACGCUUUUAAUUUGUUUUAUCAAAUACCAUCCUUUUUAAUUUGAGUUGUAUCAGUAUGUGAGUGUGCUAAUUACAUUUGUAAAUGAUUGUGGAUCCACUAAGUUGGUUCGUAUGGAUGGUUGGUUUUCCAAUGAUUGCUGAAAGUAUGAAUCCUGGGAUAGCUUAUGUAGAUUAAAAGUGUUAAAACGGGCAUGGUCCAUCAUGAAUGAAAGUGUGGUGGGCCAUUUGGGUUACUGUGUAAAUAUGAAUGCUAUUUUAUAAA